AUGAUUUAAAUACAAGCAAUUAUAAAAUUUAUAAUGGCUGCAAAGAAUCAGCAGGAAUGGAGAGAGUCAGUAUUUAAUCUGGAGUUUAUAACACUUUUAUAUGCAGAUAUUGUAAUUAAUAAAAAGUCAAUUAUGAUCAAUCACAAUGUUAAUCCUGCCCUUUUUAGUAUUUUUCUGAAUGUUUCGCAAAUUAUUCUCUUUUAUAGGAUUCUUUUUGGAGAUCAAAUUAUACUGUUGAAGUUAGUUAAAUUUAUAAAUGCUCAUUAAAUCCCAAAAGUUGUAUCUCAGGUAGUGGAUUUGGUAAUUCUCUCUGUUAUGAAGGUCAUAUCGGAGCAUAAUGCUUAAAUUGUGAUAUUGAUGGAGUUUAUUGGGGAGAAUAAUAUUCAGUUUAAGGAAAUUUUUAGUGUUCAAAAUGCAGCUCAAAAACAUAAAAUUUAAUUAAAUUUGUUUUCAUCAUGA